AUGACAACAUCAAUUUUGAUUUCAUCUAUUCCACCUUUACUAAAAAUGAAUUCAGUAAAUACAUCUCAACCUCAUAUUUCUAAACCUUUAUCCACUCCAAUCUUUACUAAAUCUACUACAAAUCUGACAAUAACCUCAACUGCAAAUCCACCAGAAGGCUUUACCGUCGAAUCCGACGAGGAGGAGAAUAGGUCUUCAUGCAUCACUGGUAACACAUCUAAUGUUGAAUCAAAUGUCAAUAUUGGUGUAUUUGUUGGGAACAUUUCUUAUUCCAUUCCUAAUUCAAAUAUUAAUGAAGAUGUCAUUUUGGGGGAUGAUCCAGAACCUAUUGAUGGUUUUGUUCUUCCAUCUUUUAUUGCGUUGAUAGUGAUGGGAUGA